UGGUAUCAGCCGCGCUUGGAGGAGGCAGUAAAGACCUGUUUCUAAGUACACGAUGACGCUGGAAACAUCCACCACCGCCCGGAGCUUGCCCCGAAGCACGGUCAAACGGUGUGGUUCGCGGUGCGUUGGAUGUGACGGAUAAUCCUUCCGUGUUCAGGACAGCGCGAGGCGGUGUGCGGUAUGGGUCGGUUCACAUCUAUCGCAUCUCUGUCAGUGGUUAUCUCCUUCGACGUCACGUUCCAGGCUUCAAUCUCCCUAGGAUACGAGAGACCUCUGCGUCACGCAAAGCACACGCGCUUCCACUGGUGCACAGGCCGGCCUUGCAGACGCUUGUGUGGCCGCGACACGUCGUAUACAGACAGCGGGCUCGUGGUAGGGCUUCGGAACGACCUUGCCAUCGCGUGGGAGGACUGCAAACAUCUCACCUGCCAACGUGCACAGCGGCGAUGCGCACAUCCUGGGUGCGCGGGAAGGAACGACAGCUCGGCGGGAGUUAUGAACGGGGGUCAAAGUCCAUAUCCAGGACCUCUUCCGGCGUAACUCGUGAAAGUCAACCUAUACUGGACCGCACAAGAUUGGCUGGGACAUACACGAACCCUCGUGCUUGAGGCUGAUUCAUGAGCGUCA